AUGGCAGAGCAGAAGACACAANAAGCCUCCGAUGUCAUUGUUGAAAUUAUCGACAAUGAACAAGACUUCGCAACAGCUUUCGCCAUUGCCUCCAAAUGCUUCGGCGAACAGACCAACGAUCUGUUCUGGAAGGCCAUGAACCCUGGCUGGGACACCCCUGAAGGAGCAGCUGCAGGAACAAAUCGCAUGAUUAAACGCUGGCAAUCAGUUACUGUCAACAAAGCCGGCAAGCCAAAUACAGUGCACCUGAAAGCGACUGUGCCUGAUCCGAAAACCCCGGGACAGCGUGUGAUGGCUGGCAUAGCCAUUUGGGCACAACACUCUAUGGUUGAUGGUAUGGGCGAUAGACCUUCGACUGAUAUUAGUACGACAAUGGACCUCAAUGAACUUUAUCCGGGCAAUGAAACAGAGCAGAGGUUCCUUCGACAAGGCUUCGCAUCUUUUGUCAGUCAACGUGUGAAGACGCUGGAAGAAAAGGCAAACACUUCAUCGCCUGCAACAUUCAGUCUGGAUCUAUGCGUUGUGGAUCCAGACUUCCAGAGAAGAGGAAUUGCUAACAAGCUGGUCGAAUGGGGGUUGCAAGAAGCUAAGAAUAGAGGUGGGCUGGAAUCGACAACUGAAGGCUCUGCUAUGGGACGAUUUGUGUAUCGAAACCUGGGCUUUAAGCCUGUGGACGAGGUCAAUUUUGUUAUGGACCCCGAGUUUCAAGAUCGCAAGCUGCCUUCGAACUUGUUUAUGCGUACUGGAUCGAGCAUAUAA